UAGCCCGAUUCAACUUUGCAUUUGUCAGUUGUUCGUCGAACAGGUGAAACAGAUAGAGCAAAAUUAUGAACGGUCGUGUUUUGGUACUUUUUGCCCUUCUGGGUGCCCUCGUCGUGUUGACGGAAGCCCGCGGACGAGGCGGAGCGGAUGGUCUGUGUGCCUGUCCGAGGAUCUAUCUGCCGGUUUGCGGAAGCGACCUGGAGACCUACAGCAACGAUUGCUUGCUGCGGUGCGAGGUGGAUUCGAACCGGGGACGCGCCCUAGGGCUGAGGAAGUUGAGCGAUGGACCGUGCGACAACUUGGCCGAUAACCUGGCGGAACUUCCGGUGGAAUAUUGAAGGUGGUGAUGAAAUUGAUGGAUGGCGACAUACGUUUUGUGAUCAAUAAAAAAAAAACAUUUAAACUUUGA